AUGUUUGCGAGAACGCUGUCCAAACGUGUUUUGACCACGGCCACGCUGGCGGCCGGUGGGUACACUGCGUAUACGUGGCAGAAGUCGCAGUUUCAGAACGAAGUUCGCACGCCUGUGCCGCUGAGAGCGGAGGCGCCUCAGCUGCCCACGCGGGCGGAACUGCUGGAGAAGAUGGCCAAGACCGAAGAGUUUGACGUGCUGGUCAUCGGCGGAGGUGCCACAGGGACGGGGUCGGCCGUUGAUGGCGCUACGCGUGGACUCAACGUGGCUCUGGUCGAGAUGAACGAUUUCGCCUCGGGUACGUCUUCCAAAUCGACCAAGAUGGCGCACGGCGGUGUCAGGUACUUGGAAAAGGCGUUUUGGGAGUUGUCCAAGGCCCAGCUUGACCUGGUUAUCGAGGCUCUUAACGAGCGCGCUCACAUGCUAGAAACUGCACCUCAUCUUUGUAAAGUGCUGCCGAUCAUGAUCCCCGUUUACAACUACUGGCAAGUGCCAUACUUCUACGUUGGGUGUAAGAUGUACGAUUUGUUUGCAGGCUCGCAGAACUUGAAGGGCUCCUACAUGAUGAGCGCAGGACUUGCUUCCGAAGUGGCGCCCAUGCUGGACGCCUCCAAGUUGAAGGCUGGCUUGGUAUACCAUGACGGCUCUUUUAACGACUCCAGAAUGAAUGCGGCCCUGGCCGUCACUGCCGUUGAACGCGGUGCCACUGUCUUGAACUACGUUGAGGUUACCCAAUUGCUGAAAAAUGAGAAAACCGGCCAUGUCGAAGGCGCCAUGGCUCGUGAUCGCGAAACUGGCAAAGAAAUCCGCAUCAAAGCUAAGGUUGUGGUGAAUGCCACUGGUCCUUUUAGUGAUCGCCUGCUACAGAUGGACAAUGCCAAAGAUGGACUCCCCAGAAACGAUUUGCUACAAUAUGCUAACGAGGGUCAUUCCUCGAUUGGUUCCCGUGUUGCCGUCUCAAACCCACGUAUGGUGGUUCCAUCUGCCGGUGUUCAUAUCGUUUUGCCUUCGUUUUACUGUCCAAAGGAAAUUGGUUUGCUAGAUGCCAAAACCUCGGAUGGCAGAGUUAUGUUCUUUCUGCCAUGGCAAGGUAAAGUUCUUGCUGGUACAACUGAUAUUCCUAUGAAGCAAGUUCCUGAAAACCCCACGGCCGCCGAGGCCGAUAUUCAAGAUAUUUUGAAAGAGUUGCAACAUUAUAUCAAGUUCCCAGUCAAAAGAGAAGACGUUUUGAGUGCUUGGGCUGGUAUUAGACCACUUGUGAGGGAUCCUAGGACUUUGACAGAAGCGGACGUUGGCUCCACUCAAGGUCUCGUGAGAAAUCAUUUCCUGUUCACCUCGGACACUGGCCUUGUUACUAUCGCUGGUGGCAAGUGGACUACUUAUAGAGAAAUGGCAGAACAGACCAUUGACGAGGUAAUUAAGGUUGGGCAUUUUCAAGCUAAGCCAUGUGUUACCAAAAAAAUUAAAUUGGCUGGUGCCGAAGGCUGGGAUCCCAACUUUGUUGCCAUGCUUGCCCAGGAAUACGGACUCUCCUCAAAAAUGGCCGGGCAUCUGGCUAACAGCUACGGUACCCGUUCACCUAUCAUUUGCGAAAUGUUCAGGAAGGACGAGAAAAACCAACUACCUGUCACUUUCGGUGGCAGGGAAAAUGUGACUGUCUUCAAAAAUGUUAACUUUGAUUCAUUCCGUUACCCUUUCACCAUUGGCGAAUUGAAGUACAGUAUCAAAUACGAAUACACCAGAACCGCCUUAGACUUUUUGAUGAGAAGAACAAGAUUCGGUUUCCUAGAUGCUAGACAAGCCUUGGCUGCGGUGGAUGGAACAGUUUCUGUAAUGGGCGAUGAGUUGAAUUGGAAUGACGACAGAAGAGAAGCUGAGAGAGUGCAAGCGUCGGAAUUUAUCAAAACAUUUGGUGUUUAA